UGACAACACAUAACAAACAUGGCCGAUCGGGGAUAUUUCACUGUUCCCGUUUUAGUCCUGCUGCUGGCGGCGGGAUUUGUAUGCGGUUAUUCGCUAACCCGAACCGGGUUGGUAUGGUUAGUUCUCCUCGCCGUUGCCCUCGCAUUCUUGUGGCUGAGAGCACGACUGGGGUCCCAGGCUUCUAACGCGAGCAGUCUCAAUGUCUGCGUGCUGGUUCUGGGAGACAUCGGACGCAGCCCCAGAAUGCAGUACCAUUCCGUGUCCUUCGGCAAGCACGGAUAUAGCGUAACAUUAGUUGGCUUUCUUGGUACAAAGCCUCAUAAUGCUGUGCUUGACAAUGAGAAGAUCAAAAUCGUCCCUAUUUCAGAAGUUCGAGGGCUGACAGUCGGGCCAGCGAUUUUCCGGUACGUUGCAAAGGUUAUUCUGCAAUCGCUGCAGCUGUUCUAUGUGUUGCAGAAGAUUGAUCUCCCGUCCUAUGUUCUCAUGCAGAACCCUCCAGGACUACCCAGUAUAGCUGUAACAUGGGCUGUCUGUGUGGUACGGGGCAGCAAGUUUGUUAUUGACUGGCACAACUAUGGGUACACCAUUAUGGGACUCACUCAUGGAGAGAAGCACCCCAUUGUUCAGAUUGCAAAGUGGUAUGAAAAGUUUUUUGGAAGGUUUUCUAAUCACAACCUUUGCGUCACCAAUGCCAUGAAGGAAGAUCUACAGAAAAACUGGAGUAUUAAGGCUACAACCCUUUAUGACAAGCCUCCAUCGAUAUUUAAAGAAGCCGUCUUGGAUGAUCAGCACAGAUUGUAUAUGAAGCUUGCCAAGGAUUAUUCACCGUUUAGGAGAGAGCCUGUAGGCGUUCCUACAGAGGAACGAACUGCAUUCACAGAGCUGGAUCCGAGCACAAAGACUGCGAGACACGUCACCCACCGUCCUGCCUUACUGCUUAGUAGCACCAGCUGGACAGAGGAUGAAGACUUCUCCAUUCUUCUGAAGGCUCUCGAAGAUUAUGAACAGUUCAUCAACAAUGGGGUCACAUUGCCUUUGUUGGUCUGUGUCAUAACAGGCAGAGGUCCUCUGAAGGAAUACUACAAAACACAGAUUAAUAAAAUGCAUUUCAAACAUGUACAGAUUUGCACACCAUGGUUGGAAGCUGAAGAUUAUCCAGUCUUGCUAGGAUCUGCUGACCUCGGGGUGUGUCUCCACAAAUCGUCCAGCGGCCUUGACCUGCCUAUGAAGGUGGUGGACAUGUUUGGCUGCUGUCUCCCUGUCUGUGCUAUACAUUUCAAAUGUUUACAUGAACUUGUGAAGCAUGAAGUGAAUGGAUUGAUAUUUAAGGACUCACAAGAAUUAGCUGAGCAGCUAAAGACACUGCUUGCUGACUUUCCCAGCACUCAUGGCAAGCUGAGUACCUUCAGGAGGAACCUCAGGGAGUCUAGACAGCUUCGGUGGGACGAGAGUUGGGACCGGACUGUUCUUCCUCUUCUGACAGCUGACACAUAGCACUGCGGCAAAAUUGAAAGGGAUCCCAGGCACCCAAACGAGAGAGAACCGGCUUAUGGACAAACAGUUUUAACUGACCCUGCAUUAACCAUACUCAACAGCAGCCACCAGAUACUUUAUACUUCAUAUUAUUCCCUAUUUCAGACCAAUUAACCAUGUUGUAUACAAAACUUACAAAGUUGUGUCUUGUUUCUCCCUAACCUGUGAAAAAAUUAUAAAAUUGCAGGCGGUUUCCGAUUUACAUUGUUAAUGAAUGUUUAAAAGGUUCCUGGUGGUAUGGACAACGUGCUGUCGUGAAAUGAAAGUAUGUUGAACUUCUACUGUAACAAUGAAUUUGCCAUGAUGUUUACAAUUAUAUUUGGAUAAGUGUUUCCAUAUCAACAGCCUUUUAGACAAGAUCUGCAGGAAUUUAGCCGCGUUGAAGCUGGCAGGUGCAGCAGCACCACUUUACAGGUGACCAGUGUGGCAUGCUUUAGCAGUUCUGGAAGCUUUACAGUUUGUUAGAUGACCUGACGGAGGCUACAAUGUGCAUUCAUGUAGUGGUGAAAUAACCUGUUAAAUGUCUAUUGCUUGAACAAAAUUAAUGAGACUGGCAUUAAAUGAUUACCUUGUUAUUAUAA